UACCUGACCAGCAAAGGAGGAAGCUAGAUCCUAAGGCACAGUGGGGGAUCUUCCUUGGGGUUUCUGAGAGGAGCAAGGCUUGGGUGCUAUGGAGUGUAGCUGACCAGCGUGUGAUGGAGAGCCGUGAUGUGAUUUUCCAUGAGGGGCUGAAUUAUAAGGGGUGGAAGGAGCGUGGUGCAAGCCAUAGUGGGACUUCCAAUCAAGACCCUCAUACGGCCUCUAUCUUUGAGGGGGCAUGGGAGGACCCUGGAGAUGAAGGGGAGGAGCAGCAGGAGGAGCCAGAACCAGCUGAUUCUAACCAUGAGGAUUGGCAGCAGUUGUUGAACCAGCAGCUGUCCAAGACUCCAAGGACUCCAAUGAAGAGGGUGACUUGGGAGGAGAAGCUGCAGAGGCUGGAAGAAGGAGAGGCAACACCUCUGCGACGCAAUGAGGAGAGGAUCUCCUUAUUCCUCUAUGUGGAUGACCUCUUGCUCCUAUGCUCUAGCUUUGAUGUGCAUGCCUAUGAGGAUGAACCUUUGCUGCGAGAUGAGCUGGUCAAGCUCUACCAAAGCAUUGUGGGAUCCCUCAUGUAUGCUUGUACUACCACACAGCCGCAGAUUGCAUUCGCAGUCUCACAGCUAUCUAAGGUCGCCUCUUGUCCUAAAAUGUUCCACUUGCAGGCCGCUAAGAGAGUGCUGAGGUCCGGUGGCAUUUCAUUCGGGAGAUGGUGGCUGCGGGAGAGGUGAUUUUGCAGUGGUGCCCCACCAACCGUCAGGCUGCUGAUAUCCUUACCAAGGCUCU